UUGCCAUUCAAGACACCCAAGAAAUCCAAAUCACCGUAACCAUGACAAGCGUUGGUCCUGAGAGUGAUGACGAUCAAGUGGAUGAAAGCGAACCAGUCGUCUGCGAGGGCCUUAAUGCAGAGGGAACUGAAGUCAAACCAAAACUUGAUUUUGCCACGGUACCUGGAUAUAGCAAUGUUCGACUCGACCAAUCCUUACUUCCCCCUCCACCCAUUGAAUUUGUACCCCCUAAGGAUAGUAAACAGCCGGAUUUCAUGAGUGCACCUGUUAUUUCCGAAGAGACUGCGCGACAAGCUUUAUUAGAACAUGUUUCACAACAGUGUUGCUGGGGAAAGGGUGCAGCUGAAAAACUGAUAUUCAAAGGACUACAAUCAUCUACCUCUUACCAUUAUGUAUUGGAAACGUUUACAGAAGAAAGAAGUACGAAGUGGGAUUUUGAACCUUUCCAUGGUCAACCCGUUAACGGACCACAAAAUGGUCCAGCCCCGGGCCCCUGGGAUAUUCCAGCUUCGUUCAGUAAAUAUUUCGUGGAUGAAACGCAGCACCACGAGGUUCCUUUCACUGCCUAUGUAGAGGAUUGUCAUAAAUGUAAUGCGAGGGGAUAUGUGAGAUGUGGUAAAUGUCUGGGCAGAGGAAAGGUGAGAUGCGGGACUUGUCGCGGCACAGGAAGGAGACGGGUGUACCGUAAUGGAGAGCAACGCAUUGUGUCAUGCUCAAGGUGUUUUGGAGGGAAAAGAAGAUGCCCGCGGUGUGGAGGAGACGGUCGGAUAACCUGCCCCGUGUGUAAGAGUCACUGUCAGUUAAAAUGGUAUAUCAAACUCACAAUCAACUGGAAAAAUAACAUAGGGGAGCAUGUUGUGGAGAAGACGGAACUACCAGACCAUCUGGUCUCACAAGCUGCGGGGACUCUAGGAUUUGAGGACACACAAAUAAGAGUGAUGCCGAUAUCUCGGUUUCCAGUCACUGAAAUAAAUGCGGCUUCAGGCAGAUUGGUUGCCAGUCAUCAAUUUCCUAAUCGUAGAAUUCACAUGCAGCAUCAUAUAAUUCGUAUGGUACCAGUGACUCAAUGCUUUUGUCAGCACAAAGAAAAGGACGUCAAUUACUUCGUCUACGGUCUGGAGAGCAGAGUCCAUGCUCCGGAGUAUCCCGAUCAAUGCUGCUGGGGAUGCACUAUACUUUAAUUACUGGAGGUCAAAAUACUUUCUUGGACACGUGUACAAAAAUUCAGUAUUAUAAAUACAGAUGUAUAUUUUUUAGGUCAAUUUUGAAGCAUUUCAAACUUGUGCUAUUUUUAAAUACACAUGUAUUUUUAAAAGUGUUUCCGCUCAUAGUGCACUUAAAUAUUUUA